AUGGAUUUCUCUUAACAAAAAAGAAUGUAUCUGUGAAAUAAUUUGGAAUUUUAAAUUAGAAUGAGACUUUUGGUAUUAUUCAUUAUAUUUAGUGUGUUUAUUUUUAAAACUCAUGGGCAGUGUUUCUACACAGGAACCUGCUAUACACUCCACGAUAACGGUGUUUCAUACAGAGGCAAUGCCGCUGUAACUAAGUCCGGUCACAGUUGCGUCCCUUGGAACCGUCAUCUUCAUACGUUUACGUCAGAUCGUUUCCGGUAUGAUGGCCUGGACUCGAACUACUGUAGGAAUCCUCUAGGGAAACGUGACUCCCCCUGGUGCUACAAAUCACCAACAGGAAGUGAAGAAGACAGUUGGGAAUAUUGUGAGGUAGAAAUGUGUGAUAAAUGUUUAUUUCGAGGAGUUCAGCUUAAAACUGGAGACAGAUUCCAUGAUGGUUGUUCUAUGUGCAUAUGUCAAGCUACUGGAAUAAAAUGCUUAGAGUGUGACGCAGGUCCUCAAUUUACCAACGAGAUGGGAUGCUACGUAAAAUACAAUCAUGACGAGCAUUUCCCUCGAUGUUGCCCCCAAAUUGUUUGUCAUGGAAAGGAUUCAGAUUUUGACUUGACAGAGUAUUUUAACUAUCUGAAACUGGUGUUACGAACUCAUGUCGCCUCAUUUGUGUCAAAUACCAACCAAACACACAGAGCAGAAAGCCGGACUUUAAAUAACAUUCAUGUCUUGCCUUAAAAUUUUGUAAAGAUACUGAUAAAGUGCUAA